CCGGCCGCUGCCUCUGCUGCUGCUGCUCUGUCACCGCUGUGCCCACAGAGCGGGCAGUGCCUGCCGCUGGCACCCGGCACGGCCGGCAGCCUCCCCUGGCACGGGCCGGGCCUGCGGGGACAGGAUUCUCUAGAUAUUAUUGGAAUGUAACUGUAGAGAAAAAUGUUCAUUUCUAACAACUCGGUUGUGGACUUCUAAUCAGACUUGGAUUUCUGGAAAUACUACAACAUGACUUCAGCUGGGAAUGAGAUCGAAAGAUGGACUCACAGGCAGGGUGGCAGGACUGAGAAGCUGCUAGAGCCUGUGGCCUCUCCUGAAAAUGAUCACCUUUUGUCAGUGAAGUCAGACAGCAGCAUGGACCAUCUCUUGCACCUCCCUGGAAGGGCAGACUCUGCUUACAGCUCUUUCUCAGGAGGCUCAAACAUCCCAGAGAACCCCACACCACCGUGCCAUGGUGAAUACAUCUGUGUUCCUCCAGAGCAGUCCCCGUACAUGGACUCAGAAUAUGUGACAGGAAUUUAUAAUCUCAGUGCUGCCCACUCUGCCCUCAGAUCCCCCCAGCCGUACACGGCACCAGAGCUGAGCAGCUCCCAUGGCUGUGGGAUUGCUCCUGCCCAGAGGAGUUCAAAUCAGGGCCCUCCAGCCCUGGCAGCACCUCUGCUGUGCCCUCCCUCACGCCACGAGAGCUGUGACACCACUCACAGGCACUGGGACAAGGCAGGAGACAGACAGGGCUCUGCAGGGCAGGCAGCUCCUGCUGUGCAGCACCGCCAGCCCGCAGACAGGGAUGGACCCUGGAGUCAGCACUGGGAUGCACUUACAGAGCAAGAUGUAGGGCCUCCUAGGGAAAGGCCUCUGGAAAACAAGGGCCUUUCUUCUGAUUUUACAAAGGUAUCAAAAGUUCAGCCAUUAAAGACAGAGGGAAACGCAGAGUGGAGCCUAUCACAACAACCUACAAAGAGAAGCAAUCCACACAUUUUCAGGAGACCUUCUUCUUUCAUUUUCCAAGAAUAUUUAAAGACAGACUCUGUGGCAAAUGUUCCCAAAAUACUUUCUGCAUGUAAUUCAGGUCAUGGUAACAAAAUUCCCAAAGAGAUGAACUCCAAAUCCUAUCACCAAGCACAUUCCAAACCCAGUGCUGUUAAUGAUACACAGGAAGUCAAACAGUGUCCCAGGGGUGUGUGUAAGGCAGGUGCCAGAGAAGCAGCUCUGCCAAGCACUGUGCCAGGGCCCAGCCAGAGGAAAGAGUCCCUGCCCUGUGCUCAGGGCCCACUCCAUGCUGAGUGGCAUUCAGACAUGGAUCAGGACGUGUUUGAGGACAGCUCAGAAUUAAAAUACAUGGAGAAUGCUCUUCUAAAUAAAAAUGCUCCCAGGAAGCUGAACAGUUAUGCAGACAAAAAUCAGUGCAAUGAUUCUGAAGGAAAAAUUAUGAGCAAUAUUAGGGAACCAGUCCCAAACCAGCAAAACAAAGUGCAGAGAUCACCACUGUCCUGCAGCUGCAAUGCUGUGGGAGUGGAGCACCCGAGCUGA